UGAAGAAGGUCGCAAAUGAGGACUAAGGGUAUGCAGCGACUACUUUGAAGGCACCGACUACCAAGGCGACCGUCAGAAGCCUGGAGCUGCCUGUACCCACCGUUUUCCCAUCAUUGGCCGAACUGCUGGAGUCAAUCUGAGAUUUUCAAAGCUGACGGACAGAGAGCAACAGACUGACACACAGACACAGGCUUGGGGACUGUGUCAUAGUCCUUCCUGGGCAGCCCACAGGGAAUCCACACCCUUCAGUCUUGACAAAGAGAAAGAAGUCUCUUUGCAAUUCACCCAUUUUGGAUUCCCACAUCACCUCUUCUCUCCCCACAGUGAGGAGACGGAUACACUUUCAUCCCCUUCAAUAAGGAAAUCUGACCACUUUUUGUGUGUAGAUCCAACCCUUUCCCCAUUUACUUCAGCUUAAUAGGGGAUUUUGAUCCCACUAAUUUUAAAAUGCUUUUCUCUCUGGCAUUCCUUGUUCUGCUCCUGUUCAGCCAUUCCCUACAGACCACAGCCCAUGAGAAAAAAACUAAAGCAGAACGUUCACACCGCAGCCUCCUGGUGAACCAUAGCCCAAAUGUAAACAACAACCCUCCUUCUUCAUCAAAAGCCACCCAUUACCUUACCUCUGCCAAACAGAGCAUCGCUUCUACAGCCACGCCUUCAGAUGCAAGCAGUGAAAAGACCUCCCAAAAGGAAGAAAGCCCCUCCUCUGCACAGCACCCCAUCAAAGUCUUGAUUUCCAAUGCCUGGUUCCAGAAAGACACAAGCAAACACACAGCCAACUCUACCCUGGUGCAGGACAAGGAACUGGACCUUGAGCGUGGCUCUCCGCUAGUUCUGACUCAUCAGAUCAACCUGGUACCGGGAGCAUGUGGCGGCUGCGAGGCAGAAUUUGCCACUCUGCAAAAGCGCUUGGACCAUCUGGAGAGGGAGGUGUCCACUCUGAAGCAGAACUGUGCGUGUGCCAAAGGGGCUGCCUGCUUCCCUCAAUCAGAUGAAAACGAGUGUCCGAACGACUGCAGUGACCAGGGGAGAUGUGAGGGGGGUAGAUGCGUCUGCUUCCCAGGAUUCAAUGGGCAUGACUGCGGCACUGCUGUGUGCCCCUCUGACUGCAGUAAUAACGGACAGUGUGUGAAUGGCCAGUGCGUGUGUGACAACGGCUAUUCAGGACUUGAAUGUGCUAACAAAUCCUGCCCUGGUAACUGUAACAACCAAGGACAGUGUGUGAAGGGAACUUGUGUGUCUCACCCUGGUGUCAUGGGCACUGACUGCUGCACUGCUCCCUCAGGCUCUGUCCAUCUUAGGAGCAGAGAUAUAACAGACUCGUCUGUCGCUCUUUUCUGGACCCAGCCCUCUGUCCAGUACAGCACCUACCACAUCACUUUCACAAGCCUGAGAGAUGGAGGUGGAACAAUUCAAGCCAAUGUAGGAGGAAGGGCCCUGAGCUUCACUCAGACUGGACUGGCUGCAGGUCAGAAGUACAAGGUGUCAAUCAGAGGAGAGAGAGAUGGGAAGACGGGACCAGAGAGCAGCACUGAGUUCACGACUGCUCCCUCAGGCUCUGUCCAUCUUAGGAGCAGAGAUAUAACAGACUCGUCUGUCACUCUUUUUUGGACCCAGCCCUCUAUCCAGUACAGCACCUACCACAUCACUUUCACAAGCCUGAGAGAUGGAGGUGGAACAAUUCAAGCCAAUGUAGGAGGAAGGGCCCUCAGCUUCACUCAGACUGGACUGGCUGCAGGUCAGAAGUACAAGGUGUCAAUCAGAGGAGAGAGAGAUGGGAAGACGGGACCAGAGAGCAGCACUGAGUUCACGACUGCUCCCUCAGGCUCUGUCCAUCUUAGGAGCAGAGAUAUAACAGACUCGUCUGUCACUCUUUUUUGGACCCAGCCCUCUAUCCAGUACAGCACCUACCACAUCACUUUCACAAGCCUGAGAGAUGGAGGUGGAACAAUUCAAGCCAAUGUAGGAGGAAGGGCCCUCAGCUUCACUCAGACUGGACUGGCUGCAGGUCAGAAGUACAAGGUGUCAAUGAGAGGAGAGAGAGAUGGGAAGACGGGACCAGAGAGCACCACUGAGUUCACGACUGCUCCCUCAGGCUCUGUCCAUCUUAGGAGCAGAGAUAUAACAGACUCGUCUGUCACUCUUUUUUGGACCCAGCCCUCUAUCCAGUACAGCACCUACCACAUCACUUUCACAAGCCUGAGAGAUGGAGGUGGAACAAUUCAAGCCAAUGUAGGAGGAAGGGCCCUCAGCUUCACUCAGACUGGACUGGCUGCAGGUCAGAAGUACAAGGUGUCAAUGAGAGGAGAGAGAGAUGGGAAGACGGGACCAGAGAGCACCACUGAGUUCACGACUGCUCCCUCAGGCUCUGUCCAUCUUAGGAGCAGAGAUAUAACAGACUCGUCUGUCACUCUUUUCUGGACCCAGCCCUCUGUCCAGUACAGCACCUACCACAUCACUUUCACAAGCCUGAGAGAUGGAGGUGGAACAAUUCAAGCCAAUGUAGGAGGAAGGGCCCUCAGCUUCACUCAGACUGGACUGGCUGCAGGUCAGAAGUACAAGGUGUCAAUGAGAGGAGAGAGAGAUGGGAAGACGGGACCAGAGAGCACCACUGAGUUCACGACUGCUCCCUCAGGCUCUGUCCAUCUUAGGAGCAGAGAUAUAACAGACUCGUCUGUCACUCUUUUUUGGACCCAGCCCUCUAUCCAGUACAGCACCUACCACAUCACUUUCACAAGCCUGAGAGAUGGAGGUGGAACAAUUCAAGCCAAUGUAGGAGGAAGGGCCCUCAGCUUCACUCAGACUGGACUGGCUGCAGGUCAGAAGUACAAGGUGUCAAUGAGAGGAGAGAGAAAUGGGAAGACGGGACCAGAGAGCACCACUGAGUUCACGACUGCUCCCUCAGGCUCUGUCCAUCUUAGGAGCAGAGAUAUAACAGACUCGUCUGUCACUCUUUUUUGGACCCAGCCCUCUAUCCAGUACAGCACCUACCACAUCACUUUCACAAGCCUGAGAGAUGGAGGUGGAACAAUUCAAGCCAAUGUAGGAGGAAGGGCCCUCAGCUUCACUCAGACUGGACUGGCUGCAGGUCAGAAGUACAAGGUGUCAAUGAGAGGAGAGAGAGAUGGGAAGACGGGACCAGAGAGCACCACUGAGUUCACGACUGCUCCCUCAGGCUCUGUCCAUCUUAGGAGCAGAGAUAUAACAGACUCGUCUGUCACUCUUUUUUGGACCCAGCCCUCUAUCCAGUACAGCACCUACCACAUCACUUUCACAAGCCUGAGAGAUGGAGGUGGAACAAUUCAAGCCAAUGUAGGAGGAAGGGCCCUCAGCUUCACUCAGACUGGACUGGCUGCAGGUCAGAAGUACAAGGUGUCAAUGAGAGGAGAGAGAGAUGGGAAGACGGGACCAGAGAGCACCACUGAGUUCACGACUGCUCCCUCAGGCUCUGUCCAUCUUAGGAGCAGAGAUAUAACAGACUCGUCUGUCACUCUUUUCUGGACCCAGCCCUCUGUCCAGUACAGCACCUACCACAUCACUUUCACAAGCCUGAGAGAUGGAGGUGGAACAAUUCAAGCCAAUGUAGGAGGAAGGGCCCUCAGCUUCACUCAGACUGGACUGGCUGCAGGUCAGAAGUACAAGGUGUCAAUGAGAGGAGAGAGAGAUGGGAAGACGGGACCAGAGAGCACCACUGAGUUCACGACUGCUCCCUCAGGCUCUGUCCAUCUUAGGAGCAGAGAUAUAACAGACUCGUCUGUCACUCUUUUUUGGACCCAGCCCUCUAUCCAGUACAGCACCUACCACAUCACUUUCACAAGCCUGAGAGAUGGAGGUGGAACAAUUCAAGCCAAUGUAGGAGGAAGGGCCCUCAGCUUCACUCAGACUGGACUGGCUGCAGGUCAGAAGUACAAGGUGUCAAUGAGAGGAGAGAGAAAUGGGAAGACGGGACCAGAGAGCACCACUGAGUUCACGACUGCUCCCUCAGGCUCUGUCCAUCUUAGGAGCAGAGAUAUAACAGACUCGUCUGUCACUCUUUUUUGGACCCAGCCCUCUAUCCAGUACAGCACCUACCACAUCACUUUCACAAGCCUGAGAGAUGGAGGUGGAACAAUUCAAGCCAAUGUAGGAGGAAGGGCCCUCAGCUUCACUCAGACUGGACUGGCUGCAGGUCAGAAGUACAAGGUGUCAAUCAGAGGAGAGAGAGAUGGGAAGAUGGGACCAGAGAGCAGCACUGAAUUCACGACUGCUCCCUCAGGCUCUGUCCAUCUUAGGAGCAGAGAUAUAACAGACUCGUCUGUCACACUUUUCUGGACCCAGCCCUCUGUCCAGUACAGCACCUACCGCAUCACUUUCACAAGCCUGAGAGAUGGAGGUGGAACAAUUCAAGCCAAUGUAGGAGGAAGGGCCCUCAGCUUCACUCAGACUGGACUGGCUGCAGGUCAGAAGUACAAGGUGUCAAUCAGAGGAGUGAGAGAUGGGGAGAUGGGACCAGAGAGCACCACUGAGUUCACGACUGCUCCCCCAGGUUCUGUCCAUCUUAGGAGCAGAGAUAUAACAGACUCGUCUGUCACUCUUUUCUGGACCCAGCCCUCUGUCCAGUACAGCACCUACCACAUCACUUUCACAAGCCUGAGAGAUGGAGGUGGAACAAUUCAAGCCAAUGUAGGAGGAAGGGCCCUGAGCUUCACUCAGACUGGACUGGCUGCAGGUCAGAAGUACAAGGUGUCAAUCAGAGGAGAGAGAGAUCGGGAGAUGGGACCAGAGAGCAGCACUGAGUUCACGACUGCUCCCUCAGGCUCUGUCCAUCUUAGCAGCAGAGAUAUAACAGACUCGUCUGUCACUCUUUUCUGGACCCAGCCCUCUGUCCAGUACAGCACCUACCACAUCACUUUCACAAGCCUGAGAGAUGGAGGUGGAAUAAUUCAAGCCAAUUUAGGAGGAAGGGCCCUCAGCUUCACUCAGACUGGACUGGCUGCUGGUCAGAAGUACAAGGUGUCAAUCAGAGGAGAGAGAGAUGGGAAGAUGGGACCAGAGAGCACCACUGAGUUCACAACUGCUCCCUCUGUCUUUGUCCUUCUUCGGAGCAGAGAUAUCACAGACUCUUCUGUCACUCUUUUCUGGACCCAGCCUUUUGUCCAGUACAGCACCUACCACAUCACCUUUAAAAGCCAGAGAAAUGGAGAUGAAUCUAGAACAGCAAAAGUAGGAGGAAGGCUCACCAGCUUCACUCAGACUGGACUGGCUGCAGGUCAGAAGUACAAGGUGUCAAUCAGAGGAGAGAGAGAUGGGAAGAUGGGGCCAGAGAGCACCACUGAGUUCACUACUGCUCCCUCAGGCUCUGUCCAUCUUAGGAGCAGAGAUAUAACAGACUCAUCUGUCACUCUUUUCUGGACCCAGCCCUCUGUCCAGUACAGCACCUACCACAUCACUUUCACAAGCCUGAGAGAUGGAGGUGUAACAGUUCAAGCCAAUGUAGGAGGAAGGGCCCUCAGCUUCACUCAGACUGGACUAGCUGCUGGUCAGAAGUACAAGGUGUCAAUCAGAGGAGAGACAGAUGGGAAGAUGGGACCAGAGAGCACCACUGAGUUCAUGACUGCUCCCUCAGGCUCUGUCCAUCUUAGGAGCAGAGAUAUAACAGACUCGUCUGUCACUCUUUUCUGGACCCAGCCCUCUGUCCAGUUCAGCACCUACCACAUCAAUUUCACAAACCUGAGAGAUGGAGGUGGAACAAUCCAAGCCAAUGUAGGAGGAAGGGCCCUGAGCUUCACUCAGACCGGACUGGCUGCAGGUCAGAAGUACAAGGUGUCAAUCAGAGGAGAGAGAGAUGGGAAGAUGGGACCAGAGAGCACCACUGAGUUCACUACUGCUCCCUAUGUCUCUGUCCUUCUUCGGAGCAGAGAUAUCACAGACUCUUCUGUCACUCUUUUCUGGACCCAGCCUUUUGUCCAGUACAGCACCUACCACAUCACCUUUAAAAGCCAGCGAAAUGGAGAUGAAACUAGAACAGCAACAGUAGGGGGAAGGCUCACCAGCUUCACUCCGACUGGACUGGCUGCAGGUCAGAAGUACAAGGUGUCAAUCAGAGGAGAGAGAGAUGGGAAGAUGGGACCAGAGAGCACCACUGAGUUCACUACUGCUCCCUCAGGCUCUGUCCAUCUUAGGAGCAGAGAUAUAACAAACUCGUCUGUCACUCUUUUCUGGACCCAGCCCUCUGUCCAUUACAGCACCUACCACAUCACUUUCACAAGCCUGAGAGAUGGAGGUGGAACAAUUCAAGCCAAUGUAGUAGGAAGGGCCCUCAGCUUCACUCAGACUGGAUUGGCUUCUGGUCAGAAGUACAAGGUGUCAAUCAGAGGAGAGAGAGAUGGGAAGAUGGGACCAGAGAGCACCACUGAGUUCACGACUGCUCCCUCAGGGUCUGUUCAUCUUAGGAGCAAAGAUAUAACAGACUCGUCUGUCACUCUAUUCUGGACCCAGCCCUCUGUCCAGUACAGCACCUACCACAUCACUUUCACAAGCCUGAGAGAUGGAGGUGGAACAAUUCAAGCCAAUGUUGGAGGAAGGCUCUCCAGCUUCACUCAGACUGGAUUGGCUGCAGGUCAGAAGUACAAGGUGUCAAUCAGAGGAGAGAGAGAUGGGAAGAUGGGACCAGAGAGCACCACUGAGUUCACGACUGCUCCCUCUGGCUCUGUCAACCUUCGGAGCAGAGACAUAACAGACUCUUCUGUAUAUCUUUUCUGGACUCAGCCUUCUGUCCAGUACAGCACCUACCACAUCACUUUCAAAAGCCAGAGAGAGGAAGAUAAAAUGAUUCAAGUCAAAAUAGGAGGGAGGCUCACCAGCUUCACUCAGACUGGAUUGGCUGCUGGUCAGAAGUACAAGGUGUCAAUCAGAGGAGAGAGAGAUGGGAAGAUGGGACCAGAGAGCACCACUGAGUUCACAACUGCUCCGUAUGGCUUCAUCUAUUUCCAGACCAGAGAUACAACAGACUCAUCUGUCACACUGUUCUGGACCCAGCCUUCUGUCCAGUACAGAACCUACCACAUCACUUUCAAGAGCCAGAGAGAGGGAGAAAAAAUUAUUCAGGCCAAAAUAGAAGGGAGGCUCACCAGCUUCACUCAGACUGGAUUGGCUGCUGGUCAGAAGUACAAGGUGUCAAUCAGAGGGGAGAGAGAUGGGAAGAUGGGACCAGAGAGCACCACUGAGUUUACAGCUGCACCAUCUGGUUCUGUCCAUCUUCGGAGCAGAGAUUUAACAGACUCUUCUGUCACUCUUUCCUGGACCCAACCUUCUGUCCAGUACAGCAACUACCACGUCACUUUCAAAAGUCAGAGAGAGGGAGAUAAAAUGAUAACAGCUAAAGUUAGCGGAAGAGCCCUCAGCUUCACUCAGACUGGAUUGGCUGCUGGUCAGAAGUACAAGGUAUCAAUCAGAGGAGAGAGAGACGGGAAGAUGGGACCAGAGAACAACAUUGAGUUCACAACUGUUCCCUCUGGCUCCAUAUAUCUCCAGACAAGAGAUGCAACGGACUCUUCUCUCACUCUGUUCUGGACCCAGCCUUCUGUCCAGUACAGCACCUACCACAUCACUUUCAAAAGCCAGAGAGAGGGAGAUAAAACGAUUCAAGUUGAAAUAGAAGGGAGGCUCACCAGCUUCACUCAAACUGGAUUGGCUGCCAGUCAGAAGUACAAGGUGUCAAUCAGAGGGGAGAGAGAUGGGAAGAUGGGACCAGAGAGCACAACUGAGUUCAGAACUGCUCCCUCUGGCACUGUCCAUCUCCGGAGCAGAGAUAUAACAGACUCUUCUGUCAUACUAUUCUGGACCCAACCUUCUGUCCUGUACAGCACCUACCACAUCACUUUCAAAAGCCAGAAAGUGGGAGAUAAAAUACUAACAACAAAAGUUGGAGGGAGGCUGAACAGCUUCAUUCAGACUGGAUUGGCUGCUGGUCAGAAGUAUAAGGUAUCAAUCAGAGGAGAGAGAGAUGGGAAGAUGGGACCAGAGAGCACCACUGAGUUCACAACUGCUCUCUCAGGCUCGGUCCAUUUUAGGAGCAAAGAUAUAACAGACUCUUCUGUCACUCUUUUCUGGACCCAACCUUCUGUCCAGUACAGCACAUACCACAUCACUUUUAAAAGUCAGAGAGAGAGAGAGAAAAUGAUAACAGCUAAAGUUGGCGGAAGGGCCCUCAGCUUCACUCAGACUGGAUUGGUUGCUGGUCAGAAGUAUAAGGUAUCAAUCAGAGGAGAGAGAGAUGGGAAGAUGGGACCAGAGAACAACAUUGAGUUCACAACUGCUCCCUCUGGCUCCAUAUAUCUCCAGACAAGAGAUGCAACAAACUCUUCUGUCACUCUGUUCUGGACCCAGCCUUCUGUCCAGUACAGCACCUACCACAUCACUUUCAAAAGCCAGAAAGUGGGAGAUAAAAUACUAACAACAAAAGUUGGAGGGAGGCUCACCAGCUUCAGUCAGACUGGACUGGCUGCUGGUCAGAAGUAUAAGGUAUCAAUCAGAGGAGAGAGAGAUGGGAAGAUGGGACCAGAGAGCACCACUGAGUUCAUGACUGCUCUCUCAGGCUCGGUCCAUUUUAGGAGCAAAGAUAUAACAGACUCUUCUGUCACUCUUUUCUGGACCCAACCUUCUGUCCAGUACAGCACAUACCACAUCACUUUUAAAAGUCAGAGAGAGAGAGAGAAAAUGAUAACAGCUAAAGUUGGCGGAAGGGCCCUCAGCUUCACUCAGACUGGAUUGGCUGCUGGUCAGAAGUACAAGGUAUCAAUCAGAGGAGAGAGAGAUGGGAAGAUGGGACCAGAGAACAACAUUGAGUUCACAACUGUUCCCUCUGGCUCCAUAUAUCUCCAGACAAGAGAUGCAACAGACUCAUCUGUCACUCUGUUCUGGACCCAACCUUCUGUCCAGUACAGCACCUACCACAUCACUUUCAAAAGCCAGAGAGAGGGAGAUAAAAUGAUUCAAGCCAAAGUAGAAGGGAGGCUCACCAGCUUCACUCAAACUGGAUUGGCUGCUGGUCAGAAGUACAAGGUGUCAAUCAGAGGGAAGAGAGAUGGGAAGAUGGGACCAGAGAGCACCACUGAGUUUACUACUGCAGCUCCCUCUGGCUCUGUCCAUCUUCGGAGCAGAGACAUAACAGACUCAUCUGUCACUCUGUUCUGGACCCAACCUUCUGUCCAGUACAGCACCUACCACAUCACUUUCAAAAACAAGGGAGAGGAUGAUAAAAUUAUAUCAGCGAAAGUUGGAAGAAGAAUCACCAACUUCACUCAGACUGGACUGGCUGCUGGUCAGAAGUACAAGGUGUCAAUCAGAGGGGAGAGAGAUGGGAAGAUGGGACCAGAGAGCACCACUGAGUUCACGACUGCUCCAUCUGGUUCUGUUCAUCUUCGGAGCAGAGAUAUAACUGACUCUUCUGUCACUCUGUUCUGGACCCAACCUUCUGUCCAGUACAGCGCCUACCACAUCACUUUCAAAAGCCAGAAGGAGGGAGAUGAAGCAAUAACACACAAAGUGGGAGGCAGGCUUACCAGAGUCACUCAGACUGGAUUGGCUGCUGGUCAAAAGUACAAAGUGUCAAUCAGAGGGGAGAGAGAUGGGAAGAUGGGGCCGGAGAGUAUCACUGAGUUCACUACUGACAUCUCUGGUCCAAGGAAUCUUCAUAUUUUAAAGACAACUCAAACAUCUGUACUUGUCCAAUGGGAGUCACCAAUGGGAGAUAUUGACAGUUACCACCUCUCCAUCUCACCCAGUUUGACAGAGACAAAGGAUAGAAAAAAUGAAGGCCAGGAAACAACUCUACCCCCUGAUACAGAUGCGGCCAAUAUUGAUGGCUUGGAGGAGGGGCGUUUGUAUUACAUCACUCUGAUAGCACGGAAGGGAAGAAGUCAAAGCCAACCAAUCAGAAUACAGGCUGUACCUGGCAAUAGCAAAAAUGUAUUUAACAAGAUGAUUGUGGAAACUGUGAUAACAAAGCUGCAACCAGAGGGCGAUAUCAUCACUGAAAAGAAAACUAACAAGACCACACUGCACAAAACAUUAUUUGUUAAAAAUGAGGAAGUGAAAAAAAAGGACAAUGAAAAGAGAUCAAGGACAGGGGACCAUAGCAGUAAAACAAAGCAAGACACAUACAAGAAAACAGAUGUCACAACCACACACAGGAUUGAAAAAACUGUGCUUGGGUCUGAAGCAGUAACACUCAGAACAGCAAGUGCAGGUGGAGGAACUGGGGUGACUGCUCAAGGGCGGAGGAAAGUAACGAGUCAGACUCUGCUGAAACAAGAUGCGACUAGAGGCCCAGAGGAGUGGAGCAAAGUCACUCGGCCUGAUUCCAGACUUGACUCCAAACACCAUUCAAAAGUACUUUCCAAGCCUGAUCUGAAGACGCCUGGGAUAAAAUCCACCACAAAAGCUAACCAAACCAUUUCAGAGAAAGACAAGGAGAACAAUGCUAAGCAAGUGUCCCAAAUGGCAAAUGUCACCAAGACAGAGUUUUCACACAAGAUAGCAAUAGGCCAACUUAUGCAAGCCCAGUCAGAAGACAGAGAGCUUGAGACUGGAGGUAAUCACAUGGUUAGACUAAAAAAUGACAGUAGUAUAAUCAGAAAGGGUACUCAGGGAGUACAGAGCAGCCUUAGUGCUGUUCAGAUAGACAGGGCCACUAAGAUAAGCUCCAGUGCUCCAUUUUAUAGUAGCAGUCAAACAAGACAUAUUCAUGGUAAAAUUGGUCAUAAGGACACCUCAAGUCAAACCGGCGUCAAAGCAAUGAUAAAACCUUCAACUCACCACAAAAACACUUUCAAAACGGAUAUACCCCAAACCAACAUAACAAGCAGCAGAACCAGAAAUAUGGGUUCAACCCUAUAUUCUGUUGAAGUACGAAACAUAACCUCCAGGGGGUUCAUUAUAAUUUGGGAAGUCCCACAAGGAAUGUUCCAAAGUUUUGUGGUGACCAGAAGGGAGUAUGCUCUAGGGAGUGGUGAUGAGAAGGGGGAAGAAGAGAACACAGAGGAAGAGGAAGAAGAAAGAAGUGAAAUGCGGACAAAAGAGGACAGUGCUCAAAGUACUGUCCAAAGGAACAUAACUUACAGCUAUGGAAAGAGUGGUGGGGGUAACCAUACACAUCAGUUCCCUACUAAAUCCCACGACAGCACCAGUUCCAAGAACAAUAAGAAAGUAUCACAGGUUAUUCCAGGAAAUGCACGAUCCCUAACCUUCCGGAACCUUCAGCCUCAUACUCGUUACUCCCUGACGCUGUUUGGGAUGAGUUCAGGACUGCAAUCCAAAAUCCACCAUGUUACCAUCACCACAGGUCCAGAAUCUCCCUCUGAACUGUUGUUUAGCAAUGUGACAGACUCUUCUCUCUCUGUGUCCUGGGCAAAACCAAAAGGCCCCAUUACUGGCUUUAAGGUCACCUACACCAAUACCGAAGACGGGGAGUCUAUCUCUGUGUCAGCUGAUACAAACCAUUCCAGUGUGACUCUCUCUCAGCUGUCUCCUGGCUCAUCCUAUGAGGUCAGUGUGGUUUCUGUGCUGGGCUUGAAGGAGAGUGACCCAGUCAAGGGCCUUGUCAUCACAGUCCCUGACCCACCCACGGGCCUCCAGGCUGUCAAUGUCACUGACACCAAGGCACUGUUGGUGUGGAAACCUGCCAUGGCAAAAGUUGAUCGGUACAUCAUCAUUUUUGGGUCUGAAAAGGUGCCAGAUAUAACGGUCAAGGUCUCAGGCAAUAAUGCUGAGCAUCAGCUGAAGGGUCUCCUUAGUGGGACGGUCUAUACUGUCACAGUCACCAGUCAACUAGAUAGCCUGCAAAGCACUGGGACCACCACCACCUUUACCACGGCUGGAGGAAGUGGUAUUAGAAGGGUGGAGGUCCCUCAAGAAAUGUCGGUCAGUCAAUUGACUCCACGGACUGUUGUGUUGUCAUGGAAAUCACCUAAUAUGGUAGUUACAAGCUACAGACUUACAUAUCAGAGGGCUGGACAAGAGGCAAAGGAAGUGACCCUUGCCUCCACCAUGACCAAAUUCAAACUGACUGGACUGAGUCCUUUGUCAAAGUAUACCGUGCAGGUACAGGGAGAGAGGAAUGGACGGUAUAUUACUGUCAUGUCCACGGAGUUUAAAACAGGGUCUCUGCUCUUCCCCUUCCCCACCGACUGCUCCGAGGAGCUGCUGAACGGGUUGCAGCAGUCAGGAGAGGUGGAGGUCUUUCCUGCAGGAAGGCAGGGGAGGCCGGUGUGGGUCUACUGUGACAUGGAGACGGAUGGAGGAGGCUGGACGGUCUUCCAGAGGAGGAUGAAUGGGGUGACAAAUUUCUUCAGAGGAUGGAAUGACUACAGCUAUGGCUUUGGCAAUUUGAGUGGGGAAUUCUGGCUUGGCAAUGAGAAUAUUCACAAUCUCACCAGCCUUAGACCCAUGGCCCUGCGUGUGGAUCUUCGCGCAGGGGCGGAGUCUGCCUAUGCCCAUUAUUCCUUCUUCUACAUCGAUGGUCAGAGAAAGCACUAUGCACUCAGAGUGUCUGGGUACUCGGGUACUGCUGGGGACUCCAUGAGAUAUUAUGGUGGCCGCCCGUUCUCCACACAUGACAAAGACCCCCUCCCCAUCAGUACCCACUGUGCCAUAAACUACAGGGGAGGCUGGUGGCAUAAGAACUGCCAAAAAACCAACAUCAACGGCCUCUACAGCACUGGCACCACCCACCAGGGUGUGAUCUGGACUGAUUGGAAAGGCAAGGAGUCCUCCAUCGCCUUCACCGAGAUGAAGCUGCGGCCAGCCUCCUUUCCAUCCCGGACUCACAGCUAGACAGGCAGCCCGAAAGAGGGAGAAACAGAGCGAAAGAGAGCGAGAGAGGGAGAGAGAGAUACAGAGAGAGAGACCCUUCCACACACACACUACUAUUCAAAUUACACACACUCACAUACGCACACACACACAAACAAACACACACACAGACACACAUGCACACAUGCACGUAUGCCAUACUGGCGCAUGCAUGCUUAUGCAUUCUAACACAUGCUAAUGCACGCACUCCUAACACAUACGCAGGCACACACAACACAACUCCACUGUGCACACACACUGACUAUACACACAGCCAUGUAUACACCCGGACACAUACAUACACAGAUUUACUGCCAUGGUUACAGCCAAAUCUCUUUUCUAAAUGCCAUCCCAUAAACUGUCAGAAACAAAAUUGAAGGUCUGUGCAUGUUUCAUGAAUCCCAUGUUGAUUUUUUUUUCAUAGGAACUUUUAUGAAGAACAAAAUAAGAAUUUAAGAAAUAUUUUGUGAAUGAGGGCCAUUAAUCCCUACGUUGUGUGUACAGGUUUUCCAUGUCAUUCAUUUUAUGGAUUUUCCCCAUGCAUUUUAUUUCUGCAACUGUUUUUUUUCCAAGUGUGUCACUGUUCAUUGAAUAUGAAAUCAAUAUGCACUGUUUCCUCG